AUAUUUGGGAAGGGAAGCAGGAGGACUCAAUAAUGCAAAUCCCUGAUCGAAGGCAGAUGAUCGAUUACCUUCUAGAAGACAAACUGUAAAGAAAUGAUUUGCAGAUCUUAAAAAGAAAAGAGAAAAAUUUGCACUUGAAGAAAAUAAAAAUGGAAGAAGCUGAUGGCGACAGGGCUGGACGACUGGUGGUGAGAGCGUGCUGGUGUUGCUGCUGUUGUGCUUGUGUGGUGGAAAGGGCCCUCUUUCUCAACUCCCAUGUAGUAAUCAAUAAAUACUCGAGCAGAAGAAAAAAAAGAUCUGCAAGUUCAGAACCAUUCACUCCUUUUCUAUCUCCGAGAGUCUGAGUUCUCUUUGUUCCGUUCACUCAGUCUCUCUGGAGCAAUUAGAGAGAAAUCGUUGGAGCCAUGAUGAGGUAUUCGUCGCUUUGCAGCAGUUAUGACUACGGAAACGCUGAGUACUGGAACACUAGAUACUUGGAGGAGGCCGGCGCAUCCUUCGAUUGGUACCAGCGAUACUCUGCCCUCCGCCCCUUCGUACGCAAAUUCGUCCCCAGCUCCUCCCGGAUCCUGAUGGUCGGCUGUGGCAUUGCGCUUAUGUCCGAAGAUAUGGUGAAUGAUGGCUAUGUAGACAUAAUGAAUAUUGACAUAUCGUCUGUUGUGAUCGACAUACUAAUCAAGAGUCGUGCACAUAUUCCACAACUGAAGUAUAUGCAAAUGGAUGUAAGGAAAAUGAGUUUCUUUUUGGAUGAAACAUUUGAUUCUGUAAUUGAUAAAGGGACUCUGGAUUCUUUGAUGUGCGGCACUGAUGCUCCGUUCAGUGCUUCUCAGAUGAUAUAUGAAGUGAACAGGCUUCUUAAACCUGGAGGGAUAUUUAUGCUGAUAACAUAUGGUGACCCGUCAGUGAGAAUUCCCCAUCUGAAUCAACCUGGAUGCUGUUGGAAAUUCACAUUGUACAUUAUACAACAUCACAGGACUUGAUCCAUCAUUGUAGGAUUUCUUCUCCCAUUCAUUAUCAGAUUGACUAUCAGGCGUGUAGUGUUUUAUGUUUGAUGUUGAUAAUGUUGGUCAUUAUCUGUUUUAUGCUCAUCCGAUUAGAUCUUUUUUAAUUCUCAUGCAUGCAAACAUCUAUUUGAUUCUUAUGUAUGAUCUUUGCAUUAUCAUGCUAUUAUUAUGAAGUUUUGUCAUUUUGAAUAAGGCCUAUUAUUGUAGAAAUGUGUAGGAUCAUAUAAUUUUGAUGGUUAAUUAUCGAAUAAAAUAAUGACUUUUUUGGCCAUUUUCUCUGGAGAUUAAUUCUUUUUUGUUUUUCCUAAACACAUUGUUGUAGUGUCUUUUGCCUUGGGUUUUUUAUGAUGAUCUAAUGAGUUGCUGAAAGUCAUACAACAAGAGCCUAAAAUUUGUAAAAUUAAAACAAUCAAUCUUAAAAUAAUUAUUCAUUACCUUUGAUGAAAACUGAAGGGGCUGUUUGGUAUUGGAUUGGAUUUAACUUUUGUAGGAUUUAGUAAAUCCUGAGGCU